AUGAGUCAAAACUCACCUCUUAAAAAGAAAAGAAGUACAUCCACCGGUGGUAACAAUAAUAACAAUAAUAAUAGUAGUAGUAGUAGUUCAUUCAACUCAAUCAUUGCAGCGGGUAUCUCUAAUAUCGAACAUCAACUUUUAAACACACAGGAAGAAAGUCACAUCAAUACACAUCAUUCACAGCAUAAUAAUAGCUAUCAGCAACAGUCUCAACAUCAUCAACAAAACUACAAUCAACAACAACAACAACAACAGCAACAGCAACAACAAACUUAUGAAAAUGAAUUUCCAGUUGGUCCACCUUGGUCUACACAAGAAUCAAAUGAAUUUUAUAAUUGUGUUUGUGCUGCAAUUCAAAAUAAAAAAGCACCAACAACACCUGGUAGUGCUUCAAAGCAAACUUCUUCAUCGACACCUGCCUAUACCAGUUUAAAUCCUAUUCGCUCCACUAGAAAUGAAUCACUUACACCAUUGAAACAACAACAUCAUAACAACAAUAAUAUUCAUCAUCAAAAUCACCAUCAACAAUAUCAACAACAACAACAACAACAACAAUCAUCAUCAUCGCCACAAAUACCUUCAGAUUUUAUAAAUACAACACCGAGUAGAUCUGGAAGGACAAGUAGAACGACAUCAUCCAAUAAUAAUAAUAAUAAUAAUAACAAUAAUAAUAAUAAUAAUAAUAAUAUGGAUGUAGAACAACAAAAAUCACAAACAAAAACAAGAUCCAGACGUUUAUUUACAGAUUCUCCAGCGAAAUCUAGUAGUACAACAACUACUACGACAACAACUACAACUUCCAGCUCACCAUCUUCCUCUAAUAUGACACCUAGAAAGAGAAAAUCAACAACUAUUUCUUCAUCGCCUAUUAACACUCCAUCGAAACAGAAUAGUAAUAAUAAUGUUGGUGAUUUAGUUGGUGAUGAAUACCAGGCAGCUAGUAACCUACCUGCCAAACUCAGAGGUAAAAUGAUGAAGCAAAGCACACCACCAUUGUCAUUACCUGCAAUCGGAUCAUCGUUCGAUCCAGCACUGUCACCACUUCAAACGACAGCAUUGGACGAGAGCGGUGCCUAUGGAACACUACUCUCCAUGAGCAAUAGCAACAAUAACAGUAAUAACAACAGCAAUACAUCAUCGCCUGCAUUGACUGGUGAUAAUAACAACAAUAAUAAUAGCAAUAACAAACAACAACAACAGAUUGUCUUACCAACACAAGAAACUCAACAAACCAUACAGAAAAGACUACAAAACUUUCUUACAAACUCACAUACACAUCUACCGUUACCAGUGGUGGAUAGCGUUAGUAACAGUCAUUCAAUAUUGGAUGAGAGUAGCGGUGGUAGUGCGAGUGGCACUAACAAUAUAGCUAGAUAUAAGCUAUCACUAUCUGGCAAAUGGGCAAUGUAUGAAUGGUUCUACAGUGAUGUAGAGGCUCCAUUCUAUUUCUACAAUGAAUUCCAGACAUAUGUACAAAAUAAUACAAUACAAAAAGGUAUUGUUUUAAAUUAUUUACCAGACACCAAAACAUAUUCAAUUCAAAACGAUGCAACCAAUAUAAUUGAUAAUAUUUCAGAUAUAUGUGUUAUGUCUAUAGAAAAGAAUAUUAGAAGUAUAAUAGAAUCAAGUUAUAUUUAUUCGAAUAAUGGUAAUAAAAACUCGGACAAUGCAGAUACCGCUGUUCAAAAUGAAAAUCAAAUGGCACAGGAACAAAGUCAAAAGACACCAUUGAUUUUGGUAUUGGGUCUCAUCGUUGUUUUGGAGAAGAAAGAAGCAUUGAUAUUACAUCUGACAAAUCUAAACAAUCAAGCAGAGGAGAUGCUACUCGAUGGUUUCCCUGAAUCAUUCCAAAUCGAAUACUCCAAGGCGGUAGUCGAUUUAGAAUAUCUAAACAAAAUUUUAACAACACUACUAGAGAUUUUUAAAAGAGAUCAUAAUUUACAUAAUCGUGCAGCUAAUAAUGAUUUCACUCAACCACAAGUCCAACAAUAUUUAAUUGCAGAUCUAAUCAAUUCAAUUCGACAACAAUCAGGGAAAUUUGUUUAUAAAAUAUUUAAAGAUGACAAUAAUCAAGCAAUCGAUGAGAAUUUAAAGAAAAUGGUGCAUGGUUGUAUUUCGACAUUGUAUGUCUUGAAGCAAUCAUGUUUAAACACUGAGCUUACAGAUCAAGACAUUUCUAAUCUUUUAGAUAAUUGUCUGAGUCAAAUCAAACCAAAUUCAAUUGAUAAUAUCAAUUUGUAUAAUCAAAUUCAAGAAACUGUUUACCAACUUAGAGAUAAAAUAAUAUCAGCCCAAAUGGAAAAAUAA